CUUUAAACUACUAUCGUCAUCUCAACCUCCUUUCCUUUCAUUCUUCAUCCCUUCAGUCCUUCACCACGUAUUCAAAAGUCCGACCAGAGACCUCUCUCUCUCAUUUCUCCUUCAUCUUUUCACUCGUACUCUGCUUUUACAUUCCUGCAUUCAAUACCCGCUUGCUACAUCUAUUACAACCGCCUAUAUAACAUUCUUUGAUCGUCCGACGAUCCAUCCAUCAAAGCAUCAAAAGACCCUGAUCAUCUACCCACUCAACAAUAUGACAAACCCUGUAUACCGCAAAUGGUCCUCUUCCGCUCCUUCGGGUUCUUCCUUCAAUGUCAAACGUAAACGUAAUGCAGACCCUAUGUCAGAGGAUGAAGAUGAACCUAAACAAAUGCGCAUCAGAUCACCUCGCUCAAGUAAUCAUCAUAUGUCUCUCUCGUACACUCCCGAGUACAUGACGGACAAUUCAAACUCCGCCUCAGACACGGAUCACGAUAUGGGAAUGGACAUGGAUCCUCCUUCUUCCCCUCAUGAAGUUGUGGUCCAGCAUGAGAGUGACGGUUAUCAAUUUGCCGAGUCGGGUACGGGAGGUUUUGGUUUCGGACCUGGGGCUGAUGAAGAUGAAGAGCUAAUGGAGAGUUCCUCUCCAAAGAAACAUCAAACGCUUCCAAAUCUCACAUCUCACCAAAAUUCCCAUCAUUUCUCCCACAUACCGUCGCAACCCACUCCAUGGGCCGCACAACCAUACUCCAACAACCUCCGUGCUCCUCAAGCUCGCGGGUUGAUCCAACCCACCGUCUCCAGUCCCUUGAAGGAUAACGCUACCGACGUUGAAAGAGCUCGUCCUCAACAUGGUCCAGGUUGUCAAAGCAUUCCAAAAUUGGUGCUGAGCCAAUAUCCCGAUCCCAACACUGGUGAGAAGACAAUGUGGUCGCUGUGCGAGAGCUGCGGAGCGUGUGAGUUGGCUCAGUGAACAAGAACCAUUUUUGCCGAAUAUCAAGUCGUGUAGGUCAAACAGUUGCUACGUGGGAGCAAAGGGUCAUCCUCGCGAGUGUAUAAGUGGACCGGAUGAAAAAAAAAA